CCAGAAGUCCCCCAGAGCCUUGAGCUAAGCAUUGCUCAGCGCAAGCCCGGCAGCUGCGUCGCGCGGCCCUGUGACCUCGCACGUCAUCGACGCCUCGGCCGCGCGGCUGCCUCCGACCCAGCGACAGCGCUUGUUGGCCGGCAUUUGCCCUGCGCAUCUGCCGCUUGCUUUCCAGUACAUCGUCGCUGCAGUGCAUAUAGUCAGUGCGCGGACGACCGGGCUUGUGAGCUGCCGGCUACAUCACGCGGUGACUCGCGCAAGCCCCAGCGUGACUCGCGCAGUGCCGCAGCUGCUUGGGUCAGUCCUAGCCGCAAGACUUGCGGAGCGCUCGCGCUCUUGUGGCGGUGGCGGGCCCAAACCAGGGCGCCUCCGUAAACGUGAGCCCGCAGUGCCUGCAGUGCCGUCCUCCCAGCUAGCAGAAAUGCAGCGACAGCUCUCAGAGGAGGCGGCCGCCGCCGCAGCAGCCGUCGUCCCAGCCGCGGCGCUGCCGCUGGGGGCGCGGCUGCGAGCCGCGGCCGCCGCCGACUCAGUCGCGGCGGCGGCGGUGGCGGAGAGUCGAAUGCCGGCCGGCCGACGCAGCCUGUCGGGGGCGGCGCCGGCGGCAGCGGCAGCAGAGGUGGCGCUGGGCCCGGCGGCUAUGGACGUGUGCGCGGAUCGCGGAGGUGGCGAAGCCGGCGGCAGUAGCGGCAGCUGCUGGCAGGAUGAAGGGUGCGCGGUUGAGGCUGCACCGCCGCUGUCAGCGGGUGUACGGGAGACCGUGCUGCCCCCGGUGUUUGGGGCCGCCGCCGCCACGGCUGCAGCCGCCGCCGCUGCUGCGGCCGAGGCGGCGGCGUCCGGGGCUGUAGCAGCGGCUGCUGCAGCCUCUGCUGCUGCCCUGCGCGCUGAGCCCGCCUACGCCCUGCCGUCGCCGCCGGGGUGGCGCGGCCUCAGCAGCAGCGCCAGCAGGGCUGCUCUUGCAGCCGCCGCCAGCGAUCGUCCAGAGCCCGAUACCGCCGCCGCCAGCGGCGGCCAGGGCUGCCGCCACCGCCGCCAGUGGGCAUCCACGCCGCCGCCGCCGCCGCCGUCUCCGGCGUCGCACAUCCACGCGCACCAACCCAAUGCGUGCUGCAGCCCUAGCGCCGCCAACUCCGGCUCCGGAAGCGACGCUGCACCCGCGGCCCCUACAGCUACAGCUACGGGCUUCAAGCGCAGCCGCUCGGCUGCUACUGCCAUAGCUGCUACUGCUGCUGCCGCUGCCCGGCGGCCCAUGUACACUGAUGAGGAUCACGACGACAGUGACAUCGGCGACGAGGAUGCCGCUGCUACUGCCGCUGCUGCUGCUGCCGACGGCGGCGCCGCCGCUGGAGGUGCUACAGCCGGCGGCGGCGCCGGCGACCCGCGCGACACGCGGCGCGAGCGCAACCGCCUGGCUGCCAAGCGCUGUCGCGAGCGCAAGACGGCGCACCUGGCGGCGUUGGAGUCGGCGCUGGCGAAGCAGGUGGCGGCGAACAAGGACCUGGCCCGCCACGUGGACCAGGUGGUGGCUCUGUACCGCCAGGAGCACUCGCUGCGCUCCGCUGCCAGCACACUGCUGCACGCCCUCGCAUACGCCCUCACCGAGCCGCAGCUACAGUCGCAGCCGCAGCCGCAGCUACAGCCGCAGCUACAGCCUCUGGUUGGUGCUGGUGCUGGCGCUGCAUCGCCGGUGCCGGCGCCGCCGCGGCUGGGCAGCAGUCAUAGCGCCGGUAGCACCGGCACCGCCAGCGCCAGCAGUGCCCUGCCACGGGCGCCGUCCUCUCCACUCGCCGACGCCGCCGGAGCUGCACCCACCGACCCACACACCGCCGCGGCAGGCGCUGCCGCGGCGGCCCCGCAGCUGCCGCCGCCCCCGCUGCCGCUGCUGCUGCUGGGGUGUGGGCGCAAGGGACUUGCGGAAGUGGUGGCGGAGCUGGAGGCGGGCCUGGUGUCACAGCCGCAAGUGGAGGCGUACGCACGGGAGCUCCGGGCUCUACGCCUGGCGCCAGUGGGGGCACCACACGGCAAGCCCUGCACGGCGCCGCCGCCACCGCACGCCGCCGCCGCUGCUGCCGCGGCCACCGUGCCGGCCCCGGCGCCGGCGGCUGCAGCCGUCAUCCAUGCACCUACUGCUACUGCCACUGCCGCCGGCGAGCCAACCGGCGGCGCGGGGGGUAUGUCACCGGAGGGUCCCGACAGCGGUUGCUUCGCGCCGCCAACCGCAGCCUUGGCGGUACGUGGCAGUAGCAGUACUGACGGCGGUGGCGGCGCGAGCGGCAGUAGCACCGGUGGCAACGGUGGCGGCAGUGGCAUUGCCAGCGGUCUUGAUCUUCAGCUGGAGCUGCUGCGGCUGCUGCAGUCAAGCUCACUGCUGCUGCUACAGCCUGCUUCUGCGGCAGCUGCUACUGCCGCUGCCGUGCCCGUUUCCAGCCCAUCAGACGCGCUACAGCCGGGCGGCCUCGACGGAGGAGGAAGUCCGGGCCAGUUGGAAGCACAGCUGCUACUGCUGCUACAGCGUGAGGCCGUCGCCACGCUGGCGCCGCCGCCGCCCACCCCGCAGCAGCCGGCAAGGGGCGCACAGCCGCAACCGCAGUUGCAGCCGCAGACACAGCUGCCGUCAUCAACACCCUCGGCCUUGCAGUUUGUGGCGCUCACGAAGCGGGAACCGUCCUCCAACUAAUAGACGGGCGAGACAGCCGUGCGUUUAUCGCCGAGUUGGGCAAUGAUUACGGUAUUUGGAGUUCCCUCUUCCUUUCUGUGGGUGCCUGGUGUUGCUUGGGAGAUGUUUCCUUUCCUGUGGGUGUCUGGUGUUGUCUGAGAGAUGUCUUUAAACUUCAAACAGCAAGUGAUCGGUUCCACACGCGCACAUCAGUAGCGCUCAGAAUACUGCAAGUAGUCGUCCACGUGGUGGCGCAUACCCCGUGCUUUUGCUGCCUCCAAACCUACUUGACGGGCGCCGCACACGUGUCCAACAGUGGUACGGCAUAGGACGGGACGGCGGGAUGGUGCAAACCAGGGCGUGGCCAAGUCAGGCCAUGCAAACAUGAGUACGGUAUGCGGCUGCUCAUGGGCGCAUGAGAGCUACGAAUAAGUAAGGGCCACGGCGAAAUAGCGCCACGGCUUCGUGCGUGGCGUGAUAUAGCCGCGGGUUGAGACAGGGAAUGUCGGACCACAAAAGAAGGGACUUACGUGGAUAACAUGGUGAAGCGCCCCCCCCCAUAAAAUGAGGGCAGUUCCCGAGAGGUCAAAUGCCCCAUGAUGUUGCGGACACAUGCUGUAGAUGUGCGUGAGUGAAUGCUGGACCCGGGAUGUCAUGAAGGAUGAAAUGAAUGGAAUGUGAUGAAACGGAACGGAGAUAACAGUUGCAUGUGAUGGAGUUAGAGCAUGGAGAAAUAUGCGGGACGCGAGAAGAAUAACAUUGGGUCUGAGGCAGAAGUUGAGGCAGUGAGGUAAACAGCCGUGAAACGCGUGAAUAGGGGUAUCAAGCCAGGCAAAGAGGCUUUGAGGCUGCGAGCACGACCACGCACAACAACGUCCCCGCUGGACCAGGACACAUGCACGCGCGCAUCAACGAGGUAUCACCAUGUGGGUCACAAGCGUCCAUUAGGCGCAGCCAUGUGUGGGAGCAUCGACAUAGUGAUGUGCAUGUGGGAGUGCAAUAUGAACUUCUGGGGUUGCAGGAGAGAGGGUUGAGGCAC